AUGUUUUCAUAUCAAACUCCAAUCAAUAUUGAGCAACAACAAAAGCAGCUCAAAGGUCAACUUGAUUCGUUGUACAAUCAAAUACAACGACCACGACAAUCCGCAGUACGAAAGAAUAUCUUACUCAUUGGUCGAACACGUAGUGGAAAGUCAACUCUUAAGCAAAUGCUGACGGAUCCCAGAGAAGUAUCUUCGGAACUGACGUUAUUCGCACAAACAAGGGAGCCAAGAAUGGAUAUUGUGAAAAUACAUCAUUCUGAUUUAACAUUAAAUCUAAUAGACACUCCAGGUCUAUUUGAUCGACAAUAUGACAGCAAUGGACUAUUAACAAACGAUGAAUGUCUUCGUCAAAUAAGGAAGUAUUGCAUUGACAUACAUGUUACUGAAUUUCAUUUAGUGUGUCUUUGCCUGUCAAUGCAUUCAGGUAUCAAUGCCGAAGAUAUUCAAGCAACCAGACAAUUUAUCGAAUACUUUGGUCCUCGUCUUGCGGAUCACCUUUGCAUGAUAAUAACACGAUGUGAAUCGAAGAAUGAAGGACAACGUUUACUAUUACACAAUGAAAUCGAACACGAUCAAGAUUUUGGACCGAUUACCAAACAAUUCAAAAAAGGAAUUCAUUUUUCUGGUGCUGUUAACCUUGAUGAUUGGAAUCAAGCUAAUAAUGCUGUACUACUACAAUUCAAUACUAUUUGUGAAUAUAGAAAUAUUCUUCUGAAUCUCAUUGAACAGUCAACAAGUUCAUUCAAAAUAGAGCCAUUGCUUAUUACACCACCUCUUUCACCUGUCCCAUCCAAUGAACAUUCCACUCGUAAAAAAGGUUAG